GACAGCUUGACAAUAGAAAAAAAAGUGUCUUUUACAAAACACACGCUUUUCGCAUCAAAAAAAUUUGUCGAUGCUUUUCUCGUUCAAUUUUUUAUAAAAUGUUUUGUAUAUUGCUAUAAAUUAAUAUAGAAUUUCUUUUUGUAAUGGCGUCCAAUAAAUUAGCCCAUUUAGUAGGAGACUACCAAUCGGACAGCGAUAAUGACGAUUCAGAGCGUAAAAAGGCCACAAAAAAUAUUACCACGGAUUGGACACAAUGCACAGAUGCAAGCUCUGGUCAUCCGUACUAUUGGAAUAUCGUUACAAAAAAAGUGACCUGGGAAAUUCCCGCUGAAUAUCAGCAAUUUUUGGAACAGGCUGUGCUAAAAAAUACACAAUCUUUAAAAAAAUGGAUUCUUUGCUAUACCGAUGAUAAUGCGCCAUAUUAUUUUAACGAAAUCACAAGAGAAAUAUCAUGGGAGAAGCCGGCUGAUUUUGUUGAAACAAACAAUAGUGAUACAGUUAAUUGGGGUCAAAAUAAGAUUGGCGAAAGUUCAUCUCGAGCCACAGCCACAACUAAAUUGAAUCUGGUGCCUGAAUACAACAGUGAUGACGAUUCAGAUGAUGAAACUUCGACGCCAUCCGAAAAGCCAUUGUUUCCAUCAUCCAAUAAUAGUUACCCAGCAAAAAGUCAAUUAAUAAAAUCCAUCGAAAUACCAAACGAACAGAGCACUGACAAACUUCAAUCAGACUCUCAACUCCCCAAAUCACCAAAGAAAACCGAAGUGCAUAAAGAGAAACCGUCAUUUGCAAGCAUUAUAACAGGUGGCCGAAGUCCGCAGCACGAAACAGUUGAUAUAAAACUUUACACUGGACAAGAUGAACCGGAAGAAACUUCUGAUCAAGUUGAUGAGAAAUCAGAUGAGACAGAGAUUGUUCCGCAGAAAACAUUUCAACGAAAACGAAGGAUUGAAUUUAGCGCCAGUAGGACGCAAGUUAAACGUGCAAAUAUAAGUGAAGAAAUAAACACAGAACCGGCGAAAGAUGUAACCAAUCCGAUUGCCGAUUUGAAGAAUAAAUACUGUAAUUUUCAAAAAGGUGAAACCGAAUUUAUGGAAAAACAAACGUCAAAUGGAUCCGAAGAGUCCGAUGACAAAAAAGAUAGUGCAAACGACGAAUUAAAGGAUGAACAACAACUUUUGGCAGCAAAAUUGAACUUUUUAUGUCAAGGCAGGGUUGAUGUGUCACCGGUUCAAAUUAUUCAAAUUCAAUUGCAAGCCUUACAAGCGGCAUAUGUUGCGGAGGCAUUACAUUCAGACUACUUGCUGGAAUGGAUGAAAAAUAUCUCAAACGAUUUGAUUAAACUGGAAAGUGAUGCGGCGCCAAAUGGUUGGAAAUGCUUGUGGAAUCGGGAAAAGGCGCUGUAUUGCUACGAAAAUACGACAACCGGUGAUAUCAAGUGGGAGUAUCCGGAAGAUGAAUUGAAAGAGGAAAUUUCACAAGAGAAUACUGUUAUUGAUGACGAUGCAAUGGACAUAUCUCCGUGCACGACACCACCACCCAAUGAGAAUGAGGACCCAUCUACUGCUUACUAUCAAACAACAGAAUUCAAUCAGGCUCCUCCACCACCAACGUGGGCAACUGGCGAUGCGAUCAAAGAUAAUAACGAAAAGCCACUGGACGAUGAGUUGGCGUCAUUUUAUUCGGACAUCGCAAAAUUGGAUCCCGUUACGACGAACGAUGAAAAUUCCUGUGAUAAAUCGUCACCAAAUCCGGAUCAACCGGCUUCACCAGAUGAAAAUUCCGAAACCGAUGACAAGAAAAAAUUGAAAAAGAAGAAAAAAUCGAAAAAAUUGGAACCAUGGCGAUCUGGUAAUCUCGAAACAUGGAUAAAUAAAUGGCAAAAAGCGCAAAAAGAACUCGAUGGAUAAUCAUAAGAGAAUUCUGCAUAUUGACUGUGUAUUUAAACCAAUGUUUUUUCAAUGAAAUAAACAUUUUUUUCUAAAAAUAAC